AUGGAUGACUGGGACAACAGUAAUGAAUUCAUUCAGCGACUGGAUUUUUCCAGUUGUGGUGAAGAGAGUGAAGACAGGAGCGUAAAUGAGGAGGAUGCCCCGAGCUCGAGCCCCCCCAGGAGCUGCGAGUUCCAGAAGUGGCAAGGGAGCAGUCCUCUGCCAGCAACCCCUGAGAGAAAGCUUAGUGAGAUUUUCCUGAGCAGGACGAAAGCCUGGGUGAGUCCUGCCCUGAAGCCUUCCCCGGCCAUGAGCAAGAACCGGGGUAAUGCUGAGACACCGCUGCACAUCACCUGGAAAAAGCUGCAGCUGUGUGACACCCCCCAUACUCCCAAGAGCCUGUUAUCGAAGACAGCUUUCCCUUCAUCUGGGACAAAGGUCCCACCCAAAGGUUUCCGACAUCUGAGGUUUACUCCGGGUGCUCACUUGGAUGACUCUACCCAAGCUUCUCUUGUCAACAUUAAUCCCUUUACACCAGAGUCAUAUCGACAAAUGCUCUUUCUUCCUAACGGCAAGCGGAAGACCAGAGGAGAGCUGAGGGAUCCUGAUCCAAGAAGCCAGAUAAAACAGGACCUGCCUACAAAGAGAUACCCUCUGAAAGAGAGCAAUAUGGUUUCCCGCUACAUGAAGGAGUUCCUGGAACUAGAAAAAAUUGGUGUGGGGGAAUUUGGCUCUGUCUACAAGUGCAUCAAACGCCUUGAUGGAUGUGUUUAUGCCAUCAAACGCUCCAAAAGGCCUCUGGCAGGAUCCUCGGAUGAGCAGCGGGCACUGCGCGAGGUUUAUGCUCAUGCUGUCCUUGGACACCACCCUCAUGUUGUGCGCUACUACUCGGCAUGGGCAGAGGAUGAUCACAUGAUUAUCCAAAAUGAACAUUGCAAUGGUGGGAGUCUCCAAGAUGUGCUGCUGGAAAAUGCCAAGCUUGGCCAGUAUUUCCCAGAAGCAGAGCUAAAAGAAAUACUGCUACAAGUCUCCAUGGGGCUAAAAUACAUCCACAACUCUGGCCUUGUGCACCUGGAUAUCAAACCUAGUAAUAUCUUCAUCUGUCACAAGCUGGCAGUUGCAGGCCCUGCUGGGCAGGAAGAGAGUGACAGUGAAGACGAAUUAUCUUCUGGUGUGGUGUAUAAGAUUGGUGACCUUGGCCAUGUGACAUCAAUAACAAACCCCCAGGUGGAGGAAGGAGACAGACGGUUUUUGGCUAACGAGAUUUUGCAAGAGCAAUACUGCUAUUUGCCGAAGGCAGACAUCUUUGCCCUGGCACUCACAGUAGCUUUAGCAGCUGGCUCAGCACCACUGCCUCACAAUGGGGCCAUGUGGCACCACAUCCGCAAAGGCAAUAUUCCACCGAUCCCCCAGAAGCUUCCUCACCACUUUCUUGAACUCCUCAAGCUCAUGAUCCACCCUGACCCAGUGGAAAGACCUUCUGCCACAGCUCUCACUAAACAUCCAGUUCUCUGUCCUUCACGUGGAAAAGCUGUGCAGCUCCAGAAGCAGCUGAAUGUGGAGAAGUGCAAGACUGCCAUGCUGGAAAGGGAACUCAAAGCAGCCCGCCUUGCCCAGACCCUCAUGACGGACCAGCCCUUAGGAAGUGCCGAGUUGCAAGAGUCUGAAACCUCUUCUAAGCAGAACAGCAAGCGCCUGGUGGGGGGGAAGAGCUGUCGCUCUUUUAGCUUUACUUUGGGUUACUGA